AUGGUUGAAGGUUUGAAAGUAAUGGAAAUUGAAGCUUCGCUGUAUAUACCUAUAUUCUUUUAUUUCUACGCAUCAACAACAUUACAAUUUUGGGUUGAUCCUAUACAAUGUGUUCAACCCGCUCAAUUUACCGAAGGUUAUACAUCAUUUGCUCGUACACUAUGUUGGCUAAAUAAUACAUACUAUUAUCCUCAAGCUUAUUAUCAAAUACCAAUCGAUAUUACUGAACGUCAACGACAUCGACUAAAUUAUUAUCAAUGGUUACCAUUUAUAUUUUUAUUACAAGCCUUUUUUUUCAUGAUACCACGUUUAAUUUGGUUAGCGUUUAAUAAUUAUAAUGGUUUAAAUCCAAGUUCAUUAGUUCUUCAAGGUCAAAAAUACGAUGAUAAUCAACAAAUUUCAAAUUUUAUUUCAAAAGAAAUUGAACGAUAUUUAAUGUGUCGACGUUUAGCACAAUGUAAAAGAAAAUUAUAUUAUCGUUAUAGUGAAUAUUUGGUCAAUAAAAAUGAUGAACAUUCUAAUGAUAAUCUAAAUACAACGACAAUAUUAUUACCAAAAUUAUCGUUUGUUACACGUUCACGUAAUUCUUAUAUUGUUUAUUUGUAUUUAUUUAUUAAAUUAUUAUAUAUUCUUAAUAUUGUUAUUCAGACACUUCUAUUAGAUACACUAUUAUCAACAGGAAAAUAUGGUUUUAUUAAUUUUGGUUAUGAUAUGUUUAAAUAUUUAUUUCAUCAUCAAAAAUAUAAGCAACAAACAUUAAUAUCCUACAAACAAUUAUUUCCAUUUGUCACAUUAUGUGAUUUUAAUAUUAGAGAAUUAGGACAAGAUCAUUCAUACACAAUCGAAGUAAGUUUAAUACUAUUGUAAUUGAGACAUUUUACAACAAGCUAAAAUAAUAAUCGUAUGCACAUAACAAAAUUAUUAAUCUAAGAUUGUGAUUACAAUCUGUAAUCAUCAUUAGCUAUACUUUACAAUAAAACACACGACUAUAUAUGAAUCAAUUGCAACUUUUUUGUACAAUGACAUUUUUGAAGUAUUUUUUGCUGCUAACACCGUUGUUGUGAACGGAUUUUCAAAGUUUUUUUUUAUUCUCUAUCUCAGACCCUAGCCACACUACCAUAAAAAUUUCGUAACAAUAUGCCGUCAACUAACUGAGUUACGUGGGU